UCCUCUUUCCGCCAUAUUGCAGAACUGGCAUCAUGGUGCGCAUGAACGUUCUCGCAGAUGCUCUGAAGUGCAUCAACAAUGCAGAGAAGCGUGGGAAACGCCAGGUCCUCAUCAGGCCCUGCUCUAAGGUCAUUGUGCGCUUCCUAACCGUCAUGAUGAAGCAUGGUUACAUUGGUGAGUUUGAGAUCAUUGAUGACCACAGAGCCGGAAAAAUAGUUGUCAAUCUCACAGGAAGGCUGAACAAGUGUGGCGUGAUCAGUCCACGUUUUGACCUCCAGCUCAAGGAUCUGGAGAAGUGGCAGAAUAACCUGUUGCCUUCUAGACAGUUUGGAUAUAUUGUACUGACCACCUCAGCUGGCAUCAUGGACCAUGAAGAGGCCAGACGGAAACAUACAGGAGGCAAAAUCCUUGGAUUCUUUUUCUAAAAAUGUAAUGAACUCAAAAUAAAACCAACCAGGGAAAAGCU